ACCUCUGCUUCAGCUACUAGCCACUAGCUACUGGCUGUCUUCAUACCUGAGCAUACCCACGAGACAUAGUGACGACAAGGAGAGGACACCAAAAUGUCUAACGCUCAAGCUUCCACUUCCGUGGUCCCUCCACCAGGUAUGGAUACAGCGGUCUAUGAAGCUUUACAGGCGUAUAGAGCCAAAGUCAAGGAACAUUCAAGGAUCGGUGAUAGUCUCAAAACUGUUAGAUUAGGUAUAAAAGCCCUUCAAACGGAUUACAACAAGACGGAAGAUGAUAUCAAGGCAUUACAAUCUGUCGGACAGAUCAUUGGGGAGAUAUUGAAACAGUUGGAUGAUCAGAGAUUCAUUGUCAAGGCAUCUUCCGGACCACGAUACGUAGUUUCUUAUCGACCCACUUUACCAGUUUCCAAACUCAAAACUGGUGUGAGGGUAUCAUUAGAUAUGACCACUUUGACCAUUAUGCGUAUCCUUCCCAGAGAGGUGGAUCCUUUAGUUUACAACAUGUCAUUGGAAGAUCCUGGUUCUGCUUCUUUUGCUGGUAUUGGUGGAUUAGGUGAUCAAGUUAGAGAAUUGAGGGAGGUAAUAGAAUUGCCUUUGAUGAACCCGGAGUUGUUCGAGAGAGUAGGCAUCAAACCUCCUAAAGGUGUUUUACUAUACGGCCCUCCGGGUACAGGGAAAACCCUUUUGGCAAGAGCUGUGGCCGCUACGUUGGAUACGAAUUUCCUCAAGGUUGUUUCCUCUGCUAUCGUCGACAAGUACAUUGGCGAAUCAGCCCGAUUGGUCAGAGAAAUGUUCGCCUAUGCUAAAGAACACGAACCUUGUAUAAUCUUUAUGGAUGAGAUUGAUGCUAUUGGUGGUAGAAGGUUUUCAGAGGGUAGUUCUGCCGAUCGAGAGAUUCAGAGGACUUUGAUGGAGCUACUCAACCAGAUGGACGGUUUUGACUCUCUCGGUAAAACCAAAAUGAUCAUGGCCACAAACCGUCCUGAUACUCUCGACCCAGCCCUACUACGUCCAGGUCGUCUAGAUAGGAAAAUCGAAAUUCCUUUGCCUAACGAACAAGGUAGACUUGAGAUCCUCAAGAUUCACGCUAAAGGAAUCAACAAGAGUGGGGAUAUAGAUUAUGAAGCUGUCGUGAAAUUGAGCGAUGGUUUUAACGGAGCGGAUUUGAGGAAUGUUUGUACGGAAGCUGGAAUGUUUGCUAUUCGAGAGGAUCGAGAUGCGAUCGUACAGGAUGACUUGAUGAAAGCUGUACGUAAAGUGAGCGAGGCGAAGAAACAUGAAGGUCAAAUGGAUUACCAGGCAGUUUAGAUAAAAGUGAGUGAGUAAAUAUGCAUCGUCUAUGGUGCGUGG